AUGCAGAUAUUGACUGUAGCUCUUUUUGUCUGUUCAAUUUGUCUAGUAAUUGGACAAAAAAGUGGAACAGAACAAAAUGGUGUAAUUUUAGGUAGCUACACUGGUGGUGGUGGUGAUGCAGGACAUGGCUCUUCAGGUGGAGGUGGUGGAAGUGGUGUUGUUGGUGGCGAGGGAGGCCAGGGAGGGGGUGGAGGUAAUGGUGGCAAUGGCGGAAGUGAUCUUCUCAUCGGAGGCGACGGAGGCAAUGGUGGAAAUUCCGGUAAUGGUGGAUCAGGAGGUAAUGGUGUAGUUGCAGGCAACGGUGGUAAUAGUUUGCCUGCAGGUUCCGGUGGUAAUGGUGGAAGCGGAUCUCUUAUUGGUGGCGAUGGUGGACAAGGUGGUAAUGGAGGAAAAGGUGGCAAUGGAGGUGACAGUAAAGAUAAUAAUAGCAAGGUAAAUACUGCCUCAUCCAGUAAAAGCAGUCAAAAUAGUCAAAACACUCAAAGCAAUCAAAGCAGUCAAAGCAGUAAAAUUAAUAGUUCAAAUAGUCAAAAGAACAUCAAACAACACGUGGAAGUUAAUAGCCAACAAAGUAAACAGUCAGAACAAAACCAUUCUAGUAGCUCCAAUAAAGGUAAAGAAAAUAAAGAUAACAAUAAACAAGAUCAUAGUUCUGGAGGAUCAGGAGGAGUAGGCGGAACCGGUGGUACAGGUGGCAAUGCUGGCAGUGGAUUAUUGAUUGGCGGCGAUGGAGGUAAAGGUGGCAAUGGAGGAAUAGGUGGAUCAGGUGGAGAUGGAAUAGUGGCUGGCAAUGGAGGUAAAGGGGGAACGCCUGGUAAUGGUGGAUCUGGAAGUAGUGCUCUUCUCAUUGGAGGCGAUGGAGGAGAUGGCGGAAAUUCUGGUAAAGGUGGUGCAGGAGGCAAUGGAGUAAUUGGAGGUAAUGGUGGUGAUAGUGUAAAGGGUGGCAAGGGCGGUAAAGGUGGUAGCGGAUUGCUUAUCGGAGGAGAUGGAGGAAAUGGUGGAAAAUCUGGAAACGGUGGAGCAGGGGGAAAUGGUAAAAAAGUUGGUGGUGAUGGUGGUAACAGUGCCAAAGGUGGUGAAGGGGGUGAAGCUGGUAGUGCCUUGCUUAUCGGAGGAGACGGAGGAAAUGGUGGAAAUUCCGGUAAGGGUGGAUCAGGAGGAAAUGGUAAAAUAAUCGGGGGCGAUGGCGGUAAUAGUGCCAAGGGUGGUAAAGGAGGUAAAGGUGGUGGUGCAUUGCUUAUUGGAGGAGAUGGAGGAAAUGGUGGAAAAUCUGGAAGCGGUGGAGCAGGAGGAAAUGGUAGCAAAGUUGGAGGUAAUGGAGGUAACAGUGCAAAUGGUGGUAAAGGUGGUGAAGCUGGUAGCGCAUUACUUAUCGGAGGUGACGGAGGAAAUGGCGGAAAAUCCGGUAAUGGUGGAGCAGGAGGUGAUAGUACAAAACUUGCUGGCGAUGGGGGUGAUAGUGCAAAAGGUGGUAAAGGAGGUAAAGGCGGCAGUGGAUUGCUCAUUGGAGGAAGCGGAGGGCAAGGUGGCAAUGCAGGAAAAGGUGGAUUGGGUGGCAAUAUAGUAAAUAAGAAAAAUAAUAAUAAAGAACAACAUAGUAGCAAUGCCAGUGCUAAUGGACAAAACAAUAAGGAUUCUUUAAAUCACAAUAAUGAUGCCAGUGCGAUUUCUAGCAACUCGAUAACUCAUCAACAAUUAAAUGUUGAUAGUCAACAACAAGAAAAUACUCAGCAAAAUCUAUCCCACCAAGGUGCUGAAAUUUCUGCCUCCAUUCAAAAUAGCAGUAAUUCAAAAUCCAAGAACAGCAAUCAAGUUUCAAGUCAGCAACACAAUGCUAAUAUUGGAUCAAGUAGUUGGUCUGGUCAGCAACAUAAUAGUAUCCACAGUCAGCAAAACGAAAAUGUUGAACAAGUUCAAUCUAAUCAAGGCAGUCAAAAUGAAGUAAGCUCGCAAAAAGCUGGUGACGGUGGUUCAGGCGGCAAUGGAGGGCAUGGCGGUAAUGGUGGCAAUGCUCAAUCUGUGAGUAAUCAUGAAACCAAUAAAAACAAUGUUCACCAAGACCCAUCUAGUAACCAGCAUACAACAAUUACGAAGUCUAAAAAUCAAAGUAGCCAAAGUAAUAAAAACCAAGUAGCCGGUGAUGGCGGUAAUGGUGGAAAUGGUGGUAUUGGAGGUAAUGGUGGCGAUGCUAAUGCACUUGGCGAGAAUAAAAUAAAUGAAAAUAAUUCUCAUCAAUGGUCGGGAAAAGGCUCAAUUUCUCAAUCUGGCUCAUCUAAUAAUAUACUUCAGUCAGGAAGCCAGAGCAAAAUUACUAGUGAACAGCAACUUAGCAAUAGUGCAAGUUUGAAUUCUAAUGGAGCUCAAAAUAUUGGUACAAGUGAAUCAAAAAAUGCUGUAGCUUCUGCAAGCAGUAAAUCUCAAAGUGAAGCAAAAUUAACUUCUGGGCAAAAUAAUCUUGAAAGUGCUAAUUCUCAAAGCAGUUCUCAGGCUAUUGUUCUUGGAUCUUCAGGGAAUGCUCAAAACCAAGCUCAAAUUGGAAAAAAUAAAUCCACUGGAAAUAUUGGUACUUCUCAACAUGUUGGUCAACAGAAAAAUAAGAGCAGUCAAGGCAAUUUAAGUGGUGCUGGUGGUCAUAAAUCCAACGAUAACACUGUUCUUAUCGGUGGUAAUGGUGGAAAAGGAGGUAAUGCUGGUCAAGGAGGAGAUGGCGGAAACGUCGUAAAUAAACAAAACAAGUGGCAGCAAGAAAAUAAUCUUUUUGGUGAUGAAGAUAAUUCGCAAAAAGAAAGUAACCAGAGUGAUAACAAUAAUUCUUUAAAUAAAUCUCAAACCAAAGCACAAUCUGCAUCUCAAUCAAGCAGCCAAAGUAAAAGCAAAGGUUCAAGUCAAUCUGAAAGCAAAGCACAAUCAGCAUCUCAAUCAAGUUCUAUUAGUGAGAGUUCCAGUAAAAACGUAAACAACGGUGGUCAAGAGAAAAUUAGUGCAUCGUCACAAUCGUCUAGUAAAUCUUCAGCUCAAUUAAAUUCUGAAAGUCAGAAGAAAGUGAAUUCUAAUGGUGAAGGUAUAAUUGAUAUUCGUGGUGUUAAUGAAAAUGUCGGCAAUGAGGUCCUUCAAAAUGAGAAUGAAUCAUCAAACCAACACGAGAAAAAUCAGGAAAAUGAGGAAGAUGACCGUAGUUCUGAGGAGGAUAAACCCAAGGAAUCUGGAAGAGUAUCUCGCGUUCAAAUAAAGAAUAUAGUGAAAAAUUUAGUGCUUGACCUUAUUGAACAAGUUAAAAAUUUGGGACGACCUGUAAUCGGCCAAGGAAAUAAAGAGGAAGGUAGUACGUACAAACUGCGUGGAUCCCACCUUCCUGGCAAUAUUCAACGUCAUUAA